CCACCUCACAAAUAUUUCAUUCCAUCAUAACUUGGAUAUCAUCAGGGUUAAAUAACAGAUCAAAGCACAUAGAGAGAGGUUCAUUAUCUUAAUCAAUCAAUCAAUCAUAUUUCUAUAAAGUUAACGUAAACAGUUACAUAUAUACACAAACUAGAGAGAGCCCUCAAUUAUCCUAUCUUAUCUAUGGGGAAUUAUUGCUGCAAUGCAACAUCGAGAUCAACGGAAUGGGGAGGCGAGGAUUGGAGUGAUUUGAACCCUAAGAAGAUGAAUACGGUGAACAUAAAGAGGAGAUCAAAGAAGGUGUUUGAUGAAGGUCAAGUGUUGAGUAUUGGAAGAGCCGAGAAGGAGAAGCUGUUUCGUGAGUUGGGAGCAACUAUAUGUAACGAUAACAACAAUAACAAUGGUAGCAGGAUCAAGAUUAGGAUCUCCAAGAAAGACUUGGCUAAAUUGUUGGGUGAUGAUACGUCUACUACUAUACAAGAACACAAUAAAGGGAAGUUGCAGCAUCGAUCUUCUGCAGAACAAGUUCUUCUGAGGCUGUUAAAGGCUCGUGAUGAUUCUCUUCACAUAAACACACCAUGGAAGCCUCAGCUUGAGAGUAUUCCUGAGGAGAGAUAGUAUGCUUUACAUCUUUUUUUCUUUGUUUUUUUUCGUGUACAAAAUAACAAUUAAGAAAUGGAAAAGUACAGGCAGACAAUGAAAAUAUUAAAUAAUGUGAAUAAUAGAUAUAUCGAAUGUUUAUUUUACUAGGUGUACGGAUGGUUAUUUUAAUAUUAAGAUUUAGGUGGGUAAUUUAGAAGUGUAGUGUGUUUUUAUUUGAUUGGUGGUUGUUCAUGUUGUUCAAAAUAGUCAUUGUUUACCUAGCACUCCCUUUAAGAAAUUAAACAACUGCAUUUUUCAUAACUUAUGUAUUUUCAUGUAAGAUAGAGAUAAAAAAAUGGUUGUAAAUUUGAGACAAUGUAAUUGUAUUAGUUAUUAAUUAUCAAUAAUGCCGCAAGUGAAGUGAUCUUUAAUUUUCUUUCAU